UCUCCUCAUACCGCUCGCCUCCCUCACGCACGCUCGUUCGACCACCGACCUCGACGACCGUCUUCUCUCUCUCUUCGACCUCGACAACCACAGCAAGGAGUACACCCCGUUCGACCUAGUCGGCGUUUCCCCUUCCCUCCUUCCCUCGUCUCCGUCUCGUCCAACUCCCGUGGCUCUACGCCUUACUCGUCACUCGUUUCAUCCCCCUCAACAUGCUCCGCGUCGCCACCCUCCUCUCGGCUGCUGCCCUCCUCUCCGCCGACGCCGUUCGCGCCGCCGCCGUCUCGCACUCGGCCUUCCCCAACUCGGCCUGCGCCGGCGCGUCGUCGGGCGCUCUCGGCGGCCUCGUCGGCAUUGGCAAGGUCACCCUCUCGAACGGCGACGUCGAGGCUCACUGCGGCUGCGUCUCGGACAACCUCGCCGAGUUCGAGCUCUGCCCGUCGUCGGCGGCCGGCCAGGCUGUCUGCAACUCGGCGCUCGACCUCAAGACCAACCAGUUCACGGCGUCGUGCGACGUCGAGGCUUGCUCGGGCGCUGACUGCACCGCGACCGUCGUCAACAAGGUCACGGUCGACGAGGACGAGUGCUUCAACGCCGAGAAGGGCGCCACCGGCAUCGUCACGAUCGACGGCGAGGCCAAGUGCGGCUGCGCUUCGGACGACGCCGACAACUUCUCGCCGUGCCAGGCCCCGGCGAACGGCCGCGCUCUUUGCGUCGCGACCGACGCCGACUUCCUCGGCUCGUCGCCCGACGACGUCGCCACCGUCGAGUGCUCGUACCAGUGCGACGACGGCUACUUCCUCACGCCCGGCGGCUCGUGCAUCAAGUUCGCCAAGCGCGCUCACAUCGGCACGUCGGCCCCGAUCAAGGUCCACCCGACCACCCCGGGCUCGCACGGCUCGUCGACCCAGCCGCACGGCUCCAUCUCGACCUCGUACUCGCGCCACCCGCACAACGCCCACACGACGUCGCACUCGCCGUCUGAGCCGACCGCGACGACCACGACCUGGACCUACAAGCACUUCUCGCACACGCGCGCGCACCACUCGGGCUCGUCGUCGCCGUCGCACCCGUCGGCUUCGUCGUCGUCGACUGGCCACCACGGCUCGUCCAAGCCCCACCACCCGAGCGGCCACAAGACGUCGCACCACCCGCACCACGCGCACCCGACGACGAUGCCCGAGGGCUCGACGACCACCUCGCCGUACGGCCACCACACUCGUCCCCACCACGGCUCGUCGAUGCCGCCUCACCACGGCUCGUCGUCGUCGACGACCUCGCCGUACGGCCACCACAGCCACUCGACCCGCCCGCACCACGGCUCGUCGACCGCGACGACCUCGCCCGGCCACCCGACCACGACCUCGUCGCACGGCCCGUCCAUGUCGCACGGCCCGUCGCCGUCGCAGCUCGCUCGCCGCACGGCCGAGGAGUUCGUCUUCUCGGACCUGUGCGCCCAGGACGAGCGCACCUGCGCCGUCGGCUCGUACGGCGACUUCUCGUGCGUCCGCCUCGACGACGUCACCGAGUGCGGCGGCUGCAACACGUCGGGCGACGCCGUCAACUGCCUCGAGAUUGUCGGCGCGUCGUCGGUCUCGUGCCUCCGCGGUGGCUGCGUCGUCCGCUCGUGCCAGACCGGCUUCGUCCAGACGUCCGAGGGCACCUGCGAGCCCAAGGCGUAAAGCGCCGCGCUCGCUCCCCUUGCCCCAUCCCCUCUCUCCCUCCUUCCCCUCUCUUCUCCUUCACGAUGCCGUUUACUGUUCACGACUAGUCCCCCUCCCCCUUUGACGACCCCUCGCUCACGACAGCUCCCCUCCCACACAUUCCUCGCAGCAGCCACUCGAGCCUGCCUCCCUCUUACUCUGUGUACCUCUCCCUCCUCGUCGAGCGGCCGUGCAAAGAGGAGACGGUUGUGCCGUUACCCCGCAGUAUGGUCUCGCGCGACAGAUACCCCCUCCCCUCCCCAGCUGGACAGCGUGCGCGCGCUGCAAAGGAUCGUUGGCCUUUCACUCUUUCUCGUCGCGCUCCUCCUUGAGUCUCCCUUUCUCGUUGCGCAGUUGGAUCUGCAACACAUCUCUUCAGGGUC